AACACGUGAGCAGUGUUUCCUUUGAGGAGGACGGUUCUGUUGUUUACUUUCUUUUUUCUCUUCAACAAUGUCUAAAGUUAAUCACCUGAGAGAGGUUAUCGGUCAGCGACUAACAGCAGCUGCUUUAGAAAUAUUCUCAGUGUUUGAAAAAACCAUCUUGGAGUAUGAAGAAGAGCUGGACCGUCAGCGCAGACUGUUGGACCUCGCCUGGAAACCUGAAAUCAGACUAAACAGAAUCGACCUCCCACAAGAAUAUGUUGUCGAUAACCUGGAGAGGAGCUGCAGCCCGGACCAGGAGGAACAAGGGAAUCCACAGACUACAAAACUGGAGGAAGACUCCAGCGGUCAGGAGAUGAAGCAGGAGGACGUAGAGGUGGAUGUCUCAUUGGUCAAUGUUGCUGAUGUGAAAGUUGAGAAUGGUGAACCAGUACUGGACCGUGGCCAGCUGCUGUUGCACACUUAUCCUGAAUCUCAAAAGGAAGAUGAAGAAGGAAUGGAAAGAUUAUGCUCAGACUCCAGUAAAACUGCAGGUCUGGAGCCAAUGAGACGACACGGUGACCACGAAGACACUGCUGUCCCGUCAGAAGGCAACUUUAAAGGUAAAUCAAAGCUGACUAGGACCCACACUGGGAAGAAGGCAUUUUCUUGCAGCAUUUGCAGGAAAGAGUUCAGUAAACGUUGUAUUUUAAAGGAUCACAUGAAGAUCCACUCUGGCGAAAGGCCGUACCUGUGCAACACCUGCGGAAAAUCGUUUAAUAAAUCAUCAAAUCUCAAGAAGCAUAAAAUGAUCCACACGAGCGAGAAGCCCUACGUCUGCAAAACAUGUGGAAAAAGUUUCAGGCAACGUUCAGACCUGCAGAUUCACUCGAGGACCCACACUGGCGAAAAGCCGUACCUGUGCAACAUCUGCAACAAAACCUUUACUCAAUUACCACAUCUUAAACGCCACAUACUCACGCACACGGGCGAGAAGCCCCACGUCUGCAAAACAUGUGGAAAAAGUUACACGCAACGUUUCCGCCUGGUGGUUCACUCAAGGACCCACACCGGCGAAAAGCCGUACCUGUGCAACACCAGCGACCUCCCACAAGAAAAUGUUUGUAAGGUGGAGGAGGACGGGGUUUUCAGUGACCAGCACCUCGAUAACCUGGAGAGGAGCUGCAGCCCGGACCAGGAGGAACCAGGGAAUCCACAGACUAUAAAACUGGAGGAAGACGCCAGCGUUCAGGAGAUGAAGCAGGAGGACGUAGAGGUGGAUGUCUCAUUGGUCAAUCUCGCUGAUGUGAAACUUGAAAAUGGUGAACCAGGACCGGACCGUGGCCAGCUGCUGUUGCACACUUCUCCUGAAUCUCAAAACGAAGAUCAGGAAGGAACUGAAAGUUUACGCUCAGACUCCAGUAAAACUGCAGAUCUGGAGCCAAUGAGACGACACGGUGACCACGAAGACGCUGCUGUCCCGUCAGACAGCAACUGUAAAUCAAAGCUGACCAGCACCCACAUGGGGAAGAAGGCAUUUUCUUGCAGCACUUGCAGGAAAGAGUUCAGUAAAAGAGGUAUUUUAGUGGAACACAUGAAGAUCCACAUGGGCGAAAGGCCGUACCUGUGCAUCACCUGCAGCAAAACCUUUACUCAAUUAUCAACUCUUAAACGCCACAUAACCACGCACACGGGCGAGAAGCCCUAUGUCUGCAAAACAUGUGGAAAAAGUUACACGCAACGUUGCAACCUGGUGAUUCACUCAAGGACCCACACCGGCGAAAAGCCGUACCUGUGCAACACCUGCGGAAAAACCUUUAUUAAGUUAUCGGCUCUUAAUCGACACAAAGCUGUGCACACGGGUGAGAAGCCCUAUGUCUGCAAAGAAUGUGGAAAAAGUUUCAGUGAAGCUUCCAACCUGGUGGUUCACUCAAGGAUCCACACCGGCGAAAAGCCGUACCUGUGCAACACCUGCGGCAAAACAUGUACUACAUCAUCAAAUCUUAAAAGCCACAUAACCCACGCACACGGGUGAGAAGCCGUAUUCGUGCAAGACGUGCAGCAAAAGUUUUAGCUGCAGAAUUGAUUUGCUGAGUCACAUGAAAAAUCACCCAGAGGAGAAGUCUGGUGAUUCGUGAUAAAUGAAGCUCAUGUUGUCGCCCAUCAAACUGUUCAACAAUUUUUCUAUUCUUAUAAUUCUUAUAUUUCUUCUUAAGAAAUAUUUUCUUCUCAAGAAAACAUUAUUUUUCUUAUAUUUUUAUCUUUAUAUGGGUGUUUGGAUUUUGGUGAGUUUGAUUUGUAAAUUACAGCGCUGUGAGAGUGAGA